CCUUUUUUCCUCCCCAACCUCCCCCCCCUCCAACUUUGCUUUUUUUGUGAAUGAAAAAAGGAGGUCGUGAGCGGUCCCCGGGACUGCGGCGCUCGGCGUCUUAAGGCUGCGCGCGUGCGGCGGCCUCGCCCGGCUCCUCGCUCAUCCAGCGCGCCGCCCGCAACCUCCGCAGCGCUGCCGGGCGGCGGCGGCGCGGCCCAGCGGCCGGAGGUCGGAGGGGCGGCGCGCAGCCCGGCGGAGCCUCCAUGACAUUGGGCGCCCGGGGCGCGCGGAGAUGCUGAUCCGGAAGAGGCAGUGGCUGCAGUGCAGCGCCCGAGGCUGCUCACGCGCCGCGGUCCGGCCUGGGCUCCUGUGCCAGAGUUUCUGAUCUCACCCGAACCGGGACCCCAAGGAGGCUGGAUCUCCAGCACAGAGCAGCGGCGUCGGCGGCGCCUCAACUUGCACGCGCGGAGUGACCCCAGACAUCUCACUAAAAUGAGCGUGCUUAGCAGGAAGAGAUGUGUUCCCUACACUAGAAAUUACCCCGUCACAUGUAGUGGUGUCCCAAUUAAUGGAUUCUGACAUGGAUUAUGAAAGGCCAAACGUAGAGACCAUCAAGUGCGUGGUGGUGGGGGACAACGCCGUGGGCAAGACCAGGCUCAUCUGUGCCCGGGCCUGCAAUGCCACCCUCACCCAGUACCAGCUGCUUGCCACCCAUGUGCCCACAGUGUGGGCCAUUGACCAGUAUCGUGUAUGCCAGGAGGUGCUGGAGCGCUCCCGAGAUGUGGUAGAUGACGUCAGCGUCUCCCUGCGCCUCUGGGACACCUUUGGAGACCACCACAAAGACCGACGUUUUGCUUACGGAAGAUCCGAUGUGGUGGUUUUGUGUUUCUCCAUUGCCAACCCCAAUUCCCUCCACCAUGUCAAGACCAUGUGGUACCCAGAAAUCAAGCAUUUCUGCCCUCGAGCUCCUGUCAUUCUGGUGGGCUGCCAGCUGGACCUACGCUAUGCUGACCUGGAAGCCGUUAACAGGGCCAGGAGACCUUUGGCUAGGCCCAUCAAACCCAAUGAAAUCCUCCCCCCAGAGAAGGGUCGGGAAGUGGCCAAGGAGCUGGGGAUCCCUUACUAUGAGACCAGCGUGGUGGCCCAGUUUGGUAUCAAGGACGUCUUUGACAAUGCCAUCCGGGCUGCACUCAUCUCCCGCCGUCACCUGCAAUUCUGGAAAUCUCAUCUGCGCAAUGUGCAGCGGCCUCUACUGCAAGCACCCUUCCUGCCCCCCAAGCCACCACCCCCAAUCAUCGUGGUGCCCGAUCCCCCCUCCAGCAGCGAGGAGUGCCCCGCCCACCUCCUGGAAGACCCGCUCUGUGCGGAUGUCAUUCUGGUGCUGCAGGAGCGCGUGCGCAUCUUUGCCCACAAGAUCUACCUCUCCACCUCCUCCUCCAAAUUCUAUGACUUGUUCCUCAUGGACCUGAGUGAGGGGGAGCUGGGGGGCCCCUCAGGGCCAGGGGGCCCCCGGCCGGAGGACCACCGGAGCCACCCUGAGCAACACCACCAUCAUCACCAUCACCACCAUGGGCGGGACUUCCUGCUUCGGGCAGCCAGCUUUGACGUAUGUGAGAGUGUAGACGAGGCUGGGGGCUCUGGUCCUGCUGGCCUCCGAGCUUCAACCAGUGAUGGGAUCUUACGGGGUAACGGAACAGGGUACCUGCCAGGGAGAGGGCGUGUGCUCUCUUCCUGGAGCCGAGCUUUUGUGAGUAUCCAGGAAGAGAUGGCAGAGGAUCCUCUGACCUUCAAAUCCCGGCUGAUGGUGGUGGUGAAGAUGGAUAACUCCAUUCAGCCAGGGCCCUUCCGGGCCGUUCUCAAGUACCUGUACACAGGGGAACUGGGUGAGAAUGAGCGGGACCUCAUGCAUAUCGCCCACAUUGCCGAGCUGCUAGAGGUCUUUGAUCUACGCAUGAUGGUGGCCAACAUUCUCAACAACGAGGCCUUCAUGAAUCAGGAGAUCACUAAGGCCUUCCAUGUACGCCGGACCAACCGAGUUAAGGAGUGUUUGGCAAAGGGCACCUUUUCAGAUGUGACCUUCAUCCUGGAUGAUGGGACCAUCAGCGCCCAUAAACCCCUGCUGAUAUCCAGCUGUGACUGGAUGGCUGCCAUGUUCGGGGGACCAUUUGUGGAGAGUUCUACCAGGGAGGUCGUGUUUCCAUACACAAGCAAGAGCUGCAUGAGGGCUGUGCUGGAGUACCUCUACACAGGCAUGUUCGCCUCCAGCCCGGACCUGGACGACAUGAAGCUCAUCGUCUUGGCCAACCGCCUCUGCCUACCGCACUUGGUUGCCCUCACAGAGCAGUACACAGUGACCGGACUGAUGGAAGCAACCCAGAUGAUGGUGGACAUCGAUGGGGAUGUCCUUGUGUUCCUGGAAUUGGCACAGUUCCACUGCGCAUACCAGUUGGCCGACUGGUGUCUCCACCAUAUCUGCACCAACUACAACAACGUGUGCCGCAAGUUCCCCCGAGACAUGAAGGCCAUGUCUCCAGAAAACCAAGAGUACUUUGAGAAGCACCGCUGGCCGCCGGUCUGGUACCUGAAAGAAGAAGACCACUAUCAACGUGCUCGGAAGGAGCGUGAGAAAGAGGACUAUUUACACCUGCGGAGGCAACCGAAGCGGCGGUGGCUGUUCUGGAACAGUCCCUCAUCACCGUCCUCCUCAGCAGCAGGCUCAGCAUCUCCGUCCUCCUCCUCGGCCGUGGUCUGAGAUGCUGCCACCCUCUUCUGAUCCUGCUGCUGUUGUCCUCAUUAGUCCUUGUCCUUCUGCUCUUCUGUAUCAUCUCCUCCACCCGACAGGGGACGAGGGAACUCACCUAGCCAGAACCCUAAGGGCAGAGCUGUUCUUACCAGCCAAGGUGGCUCAGGCUAAGAGGAGCCAGCCCUGCAGAUCAGAACAGGGUCCACCUACAAUUCCAGGCAGGGCAGGAAGAGGUCUGCCCCAAGGUGGGGAGCAGGAAAGAGCUCAGAGCUCUGCUCUUUGCUCUCUGGACUUGACAAUAGAGUCAAUGGAGGAAAGCUUCCCUGUACGUGGGCUUGUUUGUGUUGGUGUCUGCUUUGGCCAGGGAGGCAGCUUCCUCCCCAGGAGCUGGUCAUGUUUUUGUACCAACAGACUUUUGAGGGUUGCAGGUAUUUUGUGAGCAUCGUCCUGUGCGCUUAUUCAAAUCCUUGCUUGAGAAGUCAGGGGAGAAAAGAAUUCUCCAGGGCUCACAUCAAGGGUUCUAUACCAUGAGCUAUGGCUGUGAGGAGGAGAAAGGAACAAACUGCAUCCUGCCAGCAUCCUUUCAGGGCUACAGGCGGUGCAGAACCAGUGGUGGGUAGCAGCGUUGAUCCAGUGUGCGGGUUUGUAGGCAAUACCUCAGCGAGUCUCCGACUGCACCCUCCCUGCACUUGUUACAUUUGGACGUGGAUGGAGGAGGAGGAAGGGUGGGUUCUAUGCUCAGCAAUCCCAUGCUCCUCUAGGCCUCUUCCCCUGCCUCUGGGUAGCACUGCCUUCUGUGAGGUGGGGCCAAAGCAGCCCAACAGAAGAAAACCAAACUCAAAAGAAAAGCACCACUAACAGGGCCACUCUAUCCUUUGUCUGCCCCCAAGGAAUGAAGUUCCAAAGAAAGAGACCCUGUAGGGUAUACAUUUUCAUAGAGCUGGAUGGAGGCCUCUGUAAUAAUAUGGAUAUAAAGGGCCAGUGGGACCAGCCACUCCAAUGCUGUUCAGGAGAGGGCUUGUCCCCAGCCUACCUGAGGAUGCUGUUCCCUGAGGCUGGAUGGAUAUAGGCUACAGGGUGGCAGGAAAGGUUUUGGACUUUUUCCCUCUUGAUGCGGGCUGCCCUCCUCUUCCAAGGGUGGCGCCACAGGAUGUACUUGAAGCAGUGCUUUCCUGGGGGUGGGUGGGAGGCUUUCAGCAAGGGUUAAGGGUCAGGAAAGGGCACUGGAGAAUGGGCCACACAACCCAACCCGGGACUGGAAUGGGGGGUAAAGGGAAGGAGAAAAUGGGAACGCUGAGCAGGAAGGAUGGUGUUCUAGAGGGGAUUUGGGGUGACUGGGGAGUUAACACAAUGGCUGGAAGCCCCAUGGGAAAAGCACUGGGCCUCACUCGAACCUAUCCAUUUCCUAAUUAUGAUUCAUACAUCACCUUUUAUCCUUCCUCUAGAUUUAUGAGGUGAAGUCUCAUGAGGCAACAGAUCAUGAGAGCUCAUGGGUCCCCUACCCUGAGAAGAUGCUUUAAGUGGGAAAUACUGGCCGAGUCCCCAGGACCUGGAUAGGCUGCUUAGGUCUGGGAUUAGAGGAAACCCGGAAGCAAAUGCAACACUACAAUUGUGUGGUUCCAGGACCUAGAGUUCUGAUCUCGUCAUAAGGAACAGGCAGUGGCAGGGCUCAGUGCUGAACUCGUGCCAUCUGAGCCAAAGCUACAGCAGCUGCCUUUUUAGUUAAAUCCUCCAGAAGUGUGGGGAUGUGUGAUGUGUGCUGCCAUCUGCUGGCUGGUAUGCCCUCCUGCCGCUGAGUUCUAAACGGUUUCAAGUGUGAAAAUGAGGAGCAAGUAGGAAAGGCAGGCAGCCUCCCACACCCACCUUUGAGGACAGAUACCUUUGAGAGGUAUCUAGGUGAUAAGUAGAGUUCUGUCCUAAAGAGCAAGAGAAACUGGGUCUCCCAGGUGAUUUUAGGGCUGAGCAGCUUGGGCACCACUAGUGAUGAGGAUGGACAGGCCAGUGGGUGAAAGUGAAGCCCUGUGGGGUUGGAGGAAGCCCAAGGAGAUUGGUCAAGGAACAUCAUACAUUCACCCCUCAGGGACUCCACAGCCCCCACACAGCUGUCAGAGCCAGUGUGCACCAGGUAGGGCCCUACAGCUGGGCAUAACCAUCGGGGGGAGACUCUGUGUGAGCCAGGAGAGAGGAGGGGCAAACUGCAGUCCCUUUGUGCAUGGGUGCUCUGGAUUCCAGGGACAUAGAAGCAGGAGAAACUCCAGUGUGGGGCAAGCCUUGUGGGUCAAAGCCCCCAGGGGUGGGCAGUGACACAAGAGCAUGCGCCCCUGGGCUGUCACGUGUCAUUCAGUGUUGUUUUAGAGGACGGGGGCAAAAAAAUACAAACACAAAUAACCCCCACACACACCUUUUUAUAUGAGGUUUCAUAUUUAAUUUGGUCAUGAAUUCAUAAUACAUGAGUAUUUUGUACCUAA